AUGGACGGUGAGAACACAGUCUCGGUGCCUGAGCUACAGCCGACACAACUUUUACGAGACGUAGUCAUAAGCAAAAUCGUACCCAGCUCUGUAACAGAGCAUCCAAAAGCCUUCGAUCCGUGCAUCUAUGACCUGAACACUUUCGACUCGUAUGUCACGGUUCUCUACCUUUACAAGCUAGAGGAUGCGCGUCCCUCGACAUUCGCCCAAUUCGUCGACGUCGUGAAGGUAUCUUUGAGCAGAGUGCUGACGCUGUAUUUCCCUCUAGCUGGGAAGUGGGUUGUAACAGAAGAUGCGUCCCUUAGAAAAUUGAUUUGCAACGAUGAAGGAGCAGUUUUUGUGCAGGCAGCUGUAGAUGACCAGAUGCGAAGGUUUUUCAACCCCGCAGACUUCAAGCCUCCCGGGGAGCUCAUCGGAGAAUUCGCAGUGCCAGGAUUCGUCGUCGCAGAUGUCCACAAGACUCCCGAAAACAAAGAGUGGCCCUGUUUGAUCGUCCAAGUCAGUACACAAGCAGACCCCCCAUCCCGCCGCCAGCCUGCAGCAGCAGCUGAAAUGAAUUCUCCGUGA